AGUGGCGUCAGAGGAGCGCCUGGCUUCCCAAGCCGCUGCAGCCAUGGAUGUGGGCGCAGGGCCCCCUUCGACGGGGCAAGUCCUGCUCUUGGCCACCAGUUCGGCCCUUGCCGCCCUCCUCUACGCCGUGUACCGGCACAAGGCCAAAGUGGUCAGCAGCCUGAAGGGAGCCAAAAAAGUCAGUUUAGACCAAGAUCUGAAGGCUUUCCUGACGGAAGCGCCGGGGAAGUGCGUCCCGUACGCCGUGAUCGAAGGCGUUGUUCGCUCCGUGAAAGAGACCCUCAGCAGCCAAUUUGUGGAAGACUGCAAAGGAGUGAUUCAGCGGCUGACGCUGCAAGAGCACAAGGUGGUCUGGAACCGGACCACGCACCUCUGGAACGAUUCCGAAAAGAUCAUCCACCAGAGGACGAACACAACGGCUUUCGACCUGGUGCCCCGAGACGGCGGAAGGGGUGUCGCUGUCCGAGUCUCGAGGCCCUUGGAGGCCGCGGAGCUGAGCCUGGAGCCGGUCUACGAGCGGUUCCACCCUUCGGCCCAGUCCUUCGCGGACGCCGUCGGCCACUACAUCAGCGGGGAGCGGCCCAAAGGCAUCCAGGAGACGGAGGAGAUGCUCCGGGUGGGGGCCUCCCUGACCGGCAUCGGGGAGCUCGUCCUCGACAACGACGGCGCCCUCCGCCUCCAGCCCCCCAAAGAGGGCUUGCGCUACUACCUCUCCUGCCUUGGCUUCGAGGCCUUGCUUCAGAAGCAGGAAUCGAGCCUGCGUCUCUGGAGGGUCUUGGCCCUCGGCUGCGGCCUCGUCGCCUUCACCACGCUCGUCUUCGUCCUCCACAAGUGGCGGAAAGAGAAGCGGCGCAUGCGGCGGGAUGGCGAGGCCUUCGGAGGGGAACCUGGCGCCGCCUGCGUGGUCUGCAUGGCCCGGGAGCGCUCCUGCGCUUUCCUCGAGUGCGGACACGUCUGCGCCUGCCUCCAGUGCUACGCGGCCCUGCCCUCUCCCCCCCGCUGCCCCGUCUGCAGGCAGAAGAUCACCAGGGCCGUGCCGCUGUACAACAGCUGAGCGGCGGAGGCUCCGGAACAGACCCCGGAACCCCUUUUCCUCACCAAAGGAAAUUGAAGGAUACUUACAUUGGCUUCUCUCUUGCCAAAAUGGCCUCCGGAACACUUUCUACCCACCAUCGGUUAUCGGAGGACACUUCGGACGAAUUACGAUUCUUUUCUUCUCAUAACAACCUCCGGAACCCCUUCUCACCAUCUGAUAUUGGAGGACACUUUGGACGAAUUAGGUUUUCUUUCUUCUCGUAAUGGCUUCCGGAACCCCAUCUCCUCACCAUCUGAUAUUGGAGGAGAAUUCGGAUGAAUUACGAUUUUUUUCUAUUCGUAACAACCUCUGGAACCCCUUCUCCUCACCAUUGGGUAUCGGAGGAGACUUCAGACGAAUUACGAUUCUUUUCUUCUCAUAACAACCUCCGGAACCCCUUCUCCUCACCAUUGAAUAUUGGAGGACACUUUGGAUGAAUUACAUUUUCUUUCUUCUCGUAACUGCCUCCGGAACCCCAUCUCCUCACCAUCCGAUAUCGGAAGACACUUCAAACAAAUUACGAUUUCUUUUUUUUCUCAUAAUGGCCUCCGGAACCCCUUCUCUUCAUCAUUAGCUAUAGGAAGACGCUUUGGACAAAUUACAAUUUUUUUCUUCUCGUAACAGCCUCCGGAACCCCUUCGCUUCACCAUCGGAUAUCGAAGGACACUUCAGAAGAAUUACGAUUCUUUUCUUCUCAUAACAACCUCCGGAACCCCUUCUCCUCACCAUUGGAUAUUGGAGGACAAUUCGGACGAAUUACUUUUUCUUUCUUCUCGUAACUGCCUCCGGAACCCCAUCCCCUAACCAUCUGAUAUUGGAGGAGAAUUCGGAUGAAUUACGAUUUUUUUCUACUCGUAACAACCUCUGGAACCCCUUCUCCUCACCAUUGGGUAUCGGAGGAGACUUCAGACGAAUUACGAUUCUUUUCUUCUCAUAACAACCUCCGGAACCCCUUCUCCUCACCAUUGAAUAUUGGAGGACACUUUGGAUGAAUUACAUUUUCUUUCUUCUCGUAACGGCCUCUGGAACCCCAUCUCCUCACCAUCCGAUAUUGGAAGACACUUCGAACAAAUUACAAUUUCUUUUUUUUCUCAUAACAGCCUCGGGAACCCCUUCUCUUCAUCAUUAGAUAUAGGAAGACGCUUUGGACAAAUUACAAUUUUUUUCUUCUCAUAACAGCCUCCGGAACCCCUUCGCUUCACCAUCGGAUAUCGGAGGACACUUCAGACGAAUUACGAAUCUUUUCUUCUCAUAACAACCUCCGGAACCCCUUCUCCUCACCAUUGAAUAUUGGAGGACAUGUUGGACGAAUUACUUUUCUUUCUUCUCGUAACGGCUUCCGGAACCCCAUCUCCUCACCAUCCGAUAUUGGAGGAGAAUUCGGAUGAAUUACGAUUUUUUUCUACUCGUAACAGCCUCCGGAACCCCUUCUCCUUGUCAUCAGAUAUUGAAGGAUACUUCGGACGAAUUACAAUUUUUUCUUCUCGAAACAGCCUCCGGAACCCCUUCUUCUCACCAUCAGAUAUCAGAGGAAAAUUUGACAAAUUACUAUUUUUUUUCUUCUUGUAACAGCCUCCGGAACCCCUUCUCCUCACCAUUGGAUAUUGGAGGACACUUUGGAUGAAUUACAUUUUCUUUCUUCUCGUAACGGCCUCCGGAACCCCAUCUCCUCACCAUCCGAUAUUGGAAGACACUUCGAACAAAUUACGAUUUCUUUUUUUUCUUUCUCAUAACAGCCUCCGGAACCCCUUCUCUUCGUCAUUAGAUAUAGGAAGACGCUUUGGACAAAUUACGAUUUUUUUCUUCUCGUAACAGCCUUCCCUUCGCUUCACCAUCGGAUAUUGGAGGACACUUCAGACGAAUUAUGAUUUUUUCUUCUCAUAACAACCUCCGGAAUCCCUUCUCCUCACCACUGGAUAUUGGAGGACACUUUGGACAAAUUACUUUUUCUUUCUUCUCGUAACAGCUUCCAGAACCCCAUCUCCUCACCAUCCGAUAUUGGAAGAGAAUUCGGAUGAAUUAUGAUUUUUUUCUUCUCGUAACAGCCUCCGGAACCCCUUCUCCUCACCAUCGGAUAUUGGAGGAGACUUCAGACAAAUUACGAUUUUUUCUUCUCGUAACGGUCUCCGGAACCCCUUCUCCUCACCAUCAGAUAUUGGAAGACACUUUGAACAAAUUACGAUUUCUUUUUUUUCUCAUAACGGCCUCCGGAACCCCUUCUCCUCGUCAUCAGAUAUAGGAAGAUGCUUUGGACAAAUUACGAUUUUUUUCUUCUCCUAACAGCCUCCGGAACCCCAUCUUCUCACCAUCCAAUAUUGGAGGAGAAUUUGGAUGAAUUACCUUUUUUUUUUUUCUUCUCGUAACAGCCUCCGGAACCCCUUCUCCUCACCAUCGGAUAUUGGAGGAUACUUUGAAUGAAUUACGUUUUCUUUUUUCUUGAAAUAGCCUCCGGAACCCCUUCUCGUCA